AGGUAACUCUAACCAGCUCCACAGGAUGGCAGUAAUGUAACAAGCUGCCGUUAAACACCACAGAAGAAGAACACAGAUUAGUGCGCAGGCGCAGUGAGUCACCCGUUGAUUCCGCGGGUCUGUUAGCAGAUCAGAACUAAAUCCUCUAAACCCACUAAACCCAGAACCCUAACCCUAACCCUAACCCUAACCCUAACCCGACCUCCGGGAGCAGCAGGUCUCAUCAGGCUCCGGUGAACCAGCCGCUAACAUCAGUCUGCUGCGGGUCAAAGGUCAGCUCUGCUGUUAGCCUGAAGCUAACGUUAGCAUCACCGGAAGUACCAGACGUUCAUCAGAUAAACAAGCUGCGGCUGAUAUACUGACUCCCCGCCCCCCACAGAGCUGUGACCAACCAUAGAGGAGGAGAGGAGGAGGAGAAGAAGGAGGAGAAGGAGGAGAGGAGAAGGAGAGGAGGAGGUGUAGAAGGAGAGGAGGAGGAGGUGUAGAAGGAGAGGAGGAGAUGUAGAAGGAGAGGAGGAGGAGAAGGAGGAGGAGAGGAGAAGAAGGAGGAGGAGGAGAGGAGGAGGAGAAGGAGGAGGAGAAGGAGGAGGAGGAGGAUGGCGCCGGUGUCAGACAGAGGAGGGAGGAGGAGGAGAGGAGGAUCUCUGUCUCUGGACGACUGUCGCUGUCCCGUCUGUCUGGAGAUCUUCAUGGAGCCGGUUACACUGCCCUGCACACACACCUUCUGCAAGGAGUGCUUCCUGGAGUCGGUGGAUAAGGCCACGCUGUGCUGCCCGCUGUGCAGGAAGAGAGUGUCUACGUGGGCUCGUCUGAACAGCCGGACCAACACGCUGGUGGACCAGCAGCUGUGGAUGCAGAUCCAGACCUGCUUCCCUCUGCAGUGUCAGCGCCGCCUCGACGGGCAGGACGCCCUCGCAGAGGACGGCCCGGGAGUGUGUUGUCCUAGAGUGAGUCAGCCUGGAGAGCUGAAGCAGGAGUACGAGGACCAGGUGACCAAACUGACGGAGGAGAAGCGAGUGAUGGAGGAGGAGGAGAGGAGAGCUAGUGAGGAGUUCAUCCAGAAGCUGCUGGCUGAGGAGGAGGAGUUGCAGCAGGAGGAGACGAGGAGACGCCAAGAAGACGAGACGAUGGCCAGAUUGCUGAGCAGCCAGCUGAACUCUGCUCCCGUCUCUCAGGACAACGUUGGUCCUGAUGUCACUCCAGCGAAGAAGAAGAAGAAAAAGGAAGUCAGCGGAGGACAGAUGGAUAAGUUCUUGUGUCCUCUUCCGUCCAACAGCAGCUCCUCAGUCUGCAGCUUCAUGGCCAACAAGGAGAACAUCCUCCUCUCUCAAGUGAAGCUGCAGGUGGAGUGUCUCCACCCCAGACUGGAUUACUGCAGACCGCCGGACAGACCAGAGCCUCCGUCAGCCUCUCCGUCAGCCUCUCCGGCAGCCUCUCCGUCUGUGGAGGUCCACCUGACUGGAGACGGAAGACCUUCGUCGGCCAAGAGGAAGAGCUCGGAGCCUGAGACGACGGAGGACGAGGAGGUAACAGGCUGUUGCUCCCUGCCGUCCUCCUCCUCCUCCUCCUCUCUGGCGGCGGCGGGGGGGUCGGCCCUGCAGGGGGUCGCUGAGUGGGAGGCGGAGAUGCUGAGCAGACGGCAGCAGGAGGAGGAGGACUGGCGUCUGGCUCUGCUCCUGCAGAAGGAGUUGGACCAGGAGGAGAGGCAGAGAGCCACCGACAGACGGAAAGGAUCCUCCGACCCUUACCUGCUCCGCCACACCGGCAGAGGGACCUCCAGUACACCCAGCAAGACCAAGACCUCCACCCCCUCCUCUGCCAUGACCUCCACCCCCUCCUCUGCCAAGACCUCCACCCCCUCUUCUGCCAAGACCUCCACCCCCUCCUUUACAAAGACCUCCACCUCCUCCAGUCCUUCCAGCAGAGGCAGCAAACAGGCCACUCUGACUGAGAUGUUCUUCAGCCUGAGCAGCUGAACUGUCCUGAACUGAACUGUGGGCCUGAAGUGUCCUAAAGAGGCCACCGUACAGAGAAUCCCCCUCUUCUGAUGUCUGUAACAACGUGAGCGUUGAGUGGUACCGGCGAGAACCAUUCCAGACGUGUGAAGCGGUUGUUUCUGGGGAGUGACGGCUGACUGCUGCAGCCUGACAGACCUGAGAUCAUCAUCAGUGACCUGCUCUGAGUUUUCUAAGAAAUAAAAGUGAUUUUAGAACACG